AUGUCACAACCCGCUUUGUUGGAUGACGAUGAGGUUGGAGAUUCGAGCCACCAUUGGCCCACUGCUCAUGGCAGGUCAACCUCAACGUCACCAUCUGAGACCGAUAGCUUCAGCAGCUCUCCGGAAGAUGAGGAUUUUAUGCCCAGGUCAAGAUCGGCCUCCUUCUCCGCGCGUUUUCGGCAAGCCGGCGGAGUCAAUAGCAUCGACAACUUCGCACGGUCAUGGCAGCGAGCCGCAUGCUUCCCGGAGGUUCUACCUCGUCGCCCCUCCUUCGUGACAGCUGACGCAGACGAAGAGUGGGAUACUAUACGAUCAAGUCUUCCCAGGUCGUACGAUCAGCGCGACCAUGAGGUGAGCUCUACACGGCCUUUACUGAGCUCGGACGGGGGUGCGGAAAACCGCAGUACUGCUACACAGGUCUAUUCGGGGGUUCCGAGCACGAGUCCAGACAGAUGUGAGCCCUUGCUUGGGACAUCCUACGGUACAAUUUCUUCGCGAAUCAGUCAAACAGCGCGAAGGAAUGCAGCCCAACUUCACAGGGAACAAAAAAGUCGCGGUGACACCGCAGUGGAACCCGAAGGGGCGUCACUACUUGUCAAGCAAGUCCAACACAACAAUGGUACACGCGAAUGUGUGGUUGUUGGGCAAUCUACUGUUCCGCAAACUAUUUUCAAUUCCGUAAACGUAUUAAUCGGCAUCGGUCUUCUAAGCCUACCGUUGGCAAUGAAACAAGCGGGUUGGCUUAUAGGACUGACGUUCUUACUCUUGGCAGCAUUUACCACAGCAUAUACAGCGAAAAUCCUGGCAAAGUGCUUGGAUGUUGACCGAAGUCUUGUCACUUACGCUGAUCUAGCUUAUAUCAGUUUUGGGUAUCACGCGCGCUUAGUCACGAGUCUGUUGUUCUGCUUGGAGCUCAUAGGGGCUUGUGUUGCCCUUGUUGUACUCUUUGCAGAUAGCCUGCAAGCUCUAGUGCCAGGUCUCAGCAUUCUCCAUUGGAAAUUUAUUUGUGGGCUCAUGCUUAUCCCUCUAAACUUCUUACCCUUGAGGCUUCUCAGUGUGACAAGUAUUCUUGGCAUUCUGUCUUGCACAUCUAUUGUCUUGAUCAUAUGCAUUGAUGGGGUGCUGAAAGCAACAGCGCCGGGUUCCCUGCUCCAACCAGCCCGGACUUCACUGCUGCCGGAUAAGUGGGCAACCCUUCCUCUCAGCUUUGGCCUGAUAAUGUCACCGUGGGGCGGUCAUGGUGUCUUUCCAAAUAUCUACCGGGACAUGAGACACCCGCAGAAGUACGGCAAGAGUCUCGUGGUGACGUAUUCCUUCACGUAUUCCCUCGAUUGUGCAAUGGCCAUUGUGGGCUGGCUUAUGUUUGGUGACACAGUCCGGGAUGAGAUUACUGCCAACAUUCUGUUGACAAAUGAGUUCCCACGUGCCUUAUCUAUUUGCAUGAUAGUAUUUAUCGCGACGAUUCCAAUUACUAAGGUACCCUUAAACUGCCGGCCUCUCGUGGCUACCAUCGAGGUUCUUUGUGGACUUGUUCCGCGUCCGGAAGGACAAUCAAGCCAGCAUGGAGCGAUGAAAUCUGUGCUGCGCGAGGCUUCGAAAGCCGCGAUACGUAUAGCGGUGAUCGUCCUUAUUGUUUGCAUGGCAGUUCUCUUCCCGUCAUUCGACAGAAUUAUGGCGCUGAUGGGUUCGGCUCUGUGCUUCACAAUAUGCAUUAUCCUGCCGCUGGCAUUUCACUUGAAGAUCUUCGGCAAAGAGAUUAGCCCACGAGAGCGACUACUGAACUGGUCUUUGCUAGUCAUUUCUUCGAUACUAGCGCUCAUUGGGACUGCCUGGUCCUUUAUACCGCAGGAAACCAUUUCUGCAUUGUGA